UUGUAUUUAUGUUAAUAGGUUAUAAAGAUCUGGGACUUUGAGACAGGGACAGCUAUAUUUGAGUAUGGAGAAGCACAUGGUGACUUGGUGACUUUUGAUAAUACAGAAAGAAGGUUAAUAACUGGAGCCAGAGAUGGUGUGUUAAAUAUAUGGAAUUACAAUAACGGACACUGUCUCAGAAAACUACAAAAAUCCAAGGGUAAUGAUGAAAUCUGUGAUGUGGUAUACGUCGAGAUGAACAAGAAUCGUUACAUUAUAUCUGUAGGAUGGGACAAAAGAAUCAAUAUUUACUCUGACUCUCAGACUGAUUCCAAUAUUACACCAAGUACAACACCCUAAUAUAGUCUGGACCGAUGAUUUGAAAAAUGGACAUAAGGAAGACAUAUUGUCCAUAGCCCAGUGCCAACCAAACUUACUGGCAACAGCAGGGUAUGAUGGUGAAAUAGUUGUAUGGAAUAUGGUAUCUGGUCAUAUUUUCUGUAAAUACUUCCACAGAGGGUGCUUUAAUCAGUACGAUGACAAUCAACGAAGCCAACACUAUGCUAUGUGUGGCAGAUAAUUUAGGAUUUGUAUUUGUAUAUAAUGUUGACGGCUAUGCAUUGUCAGGGUAUGAAGAGGAAUCUCCUGAAUUGGUGAACACAUGGAGAGGACAUGUAGAUAGUAUAUCUUGUAUAGAGUAAGUAGAGAAAAACAAAGUUAUAAUGACAGCUUCUAUUGACUGUACAGUCAGGUUGUGGAACUAUGAAUGCAAUUAUAUAGGUACAUUUGGUCAGCCAGAACAGUGGGACCUAUAUAACAGGUCUACUUUCUGUCAUCCCAUGGUGCCAUAUGAUGUACUGAUGGACCCCAUGAGUUUACCAUCUCACCCAGUACUGAAAGAAGGAAGUAAGACAGAUGAUCUACUGGACGAAAUUAAAAAGAAUGAAGAUGAAACUGCAAAGAUACAGCCACCAUAUACAUCUUAUGCCAAACCACAGAUCAAUGUAGAUGAUGAAACAAUUGCUAGAGAUAUCAAAGAUCUAAAUGGCAUCCUCAAAGAUACAGGACUUGAUGAAGAACAAGCAAAGAAUAAUCACGGGAAAUGGUUACGACCAAGAAAACAAAGAUCAAGAAAAUAGACAAAGGAGGACCAUCAGAUUAUCAGACAUUAAAAUGGUCCCAAAUUGUGGACCCACCUAAUCCAGAUUUUCCCAAAGUGAAAUUUGACAAAGACGAUCCUUUUGGGUCAGGCAUGGACCCUGAAAUGAUGACCAAUAGUCUUAAAUCUUUCACAAAUAAACAACAGGCUGUGUCAUAAUUAUUGGUC